CCUCCCGCGCAGCAUGUUCCUCUCGCGCGUGAACGGACCGCUUCGGUCUUUCGCCGUCCAUGGCUCCCGCUCGCCCACCCUCCCGGCCCGCCUGAUCCAGACCUCGACCCCCAUGCGCCUGUCCGCGCAGCCGGCCGCCUCGGCGUCCGGCAUCCCGGCCGCCUCCUUCGCCAAGCCCCAGGAGCUCCCGCAGUCGCUGGCGCGCGCCCUGAACACCAAUAACCCCGCCCAGGUGGACUCGCUGCUGGCCAGCCUCGAUAGCUCGGCCCUGGCGGCCCUGCACGCCGGUGCCGAGCGCCGCAUGGCCGACAUGGCCACCGCCGCCGAGUCCCUGGAGGUGGUCCUGUCCGUCCGUCAGCGGACCCUGCACUUCCUCCGGUCUGCUCUGCCCUUCGUGGGCUUCGGCUUCCUGGACAACGCCAUCAUGCUUGUCGCCGGUGACAAGAUCGACACCCACUUCGGCGUCUUCCUCGGCAUCUCCACCCUCGCCUCGGCGGCCCUCGGCAACGCCCUGGCCAACGUCACCGGCAUCGCCUUCGGCCAGGUCAUCGAGUCGGCCCUCAACCGCCUCGGCGUGCCGGACCCCAAGAUGUCGGCCCAGCAGCUGGCCUCCGCCACGGCCGCCCGAUACCGCCGCGUCGGCAACGUCUUCGGUAUCCUGGUCGGCUGCCUGCUCGGCAUGAUGCCGCUGCUCUUCAUGAACACCGAGCCCCGCCUGCCGAGCCCCCUGCCCGAGGGCGUCGCCGGUCUCGUCACCACCGCCGCCGAAGAGACCGCCGUCGCCUGAGCAUGAUGCUGCUCCCGUGCUCCCUCCCUUCCCUCGGCUGUGCUCCUCCGGCGCAUCCAUGCGAGCUGGUUCUACCAUACUUUCUCACACUGCGCAUACCGUGUGGUCCGCCCCCCUCUCCUCCUCCCCCUCCUUCCCCUGUCCUUGACUUCUCUGCCGAAACGCGAGAGCGUGUUCGCCGCCCUGUGUGCGUGCGCUUCCCCCCCCC